AGUUUCAGUGGAGGGAGGCGAGUCUACAGUAGAGACAUAGACUAGAAUCCUGUGCGUAAAAGCAAAUGUAUCGGCUACGUUUUUACACGACUUUUUGGGAAAACUAUGGCGAGUCUUUAACGGAGAGGUUGCACUUUUAAAGACACGGCGGUGGAAGAGGAGACGGAGUCAAAAAGCGCUCCUCCGACUUUGAGCCAUAUAAGCUUGGGCUCUGAGGACUGCCUCACCGAGAGAUUUCAACGGCUUCAGUGGAAAAAGGAGCGGGGAAAGAAGUUUGUGCAGGAUGCAAGGGGUUUCAGCCACCGACCUCCCCCCGUCCUCCCUGCAGUACCAAAACGGACAACCAGAGUACCUGUGCUCCCCGCGGACGCCUAAAAAGAGUCCGACCCUCAGACCAUGUCACGGGAAGCCAGCCCUGAAGCCCCGCCCUCAGCCCUCCUCUCCAAUCAAACCACCCAUCUCUCAGAAACCUCAAGUGCCCCCUAAGCCGGCGCACCUUCUUGCUCUUGGGCAAGACAAGAAACCUAAGAGGAUCCCUCCAGCUCCAUCCAGACCUCUGCCUGCUCCACCUCCUCCUCCCAAACCCAAGCCCACCCUCACCCCACCGCCUCCCAUCGCAGAGCCCCCAAGAGAGGUCCAGAAAGUGGGGUUGCUCAUAGAGAAGUUUGAAAACUCCAGGGUUCCCAUCCUGGGGGUGCUGCCACGCUCUCAACUGCAUCUGAGUUUGAGGAUGGACACUGCCUCUGACAUCACUUCCUGUGGGCCAGACUCCAUUGCCAAGCUAUCCACAGACUCCUCCCCCUCGGUGGACCCACUGAAUCCCCUUAGUGACCAGAACGGAGACGAGAUGCCCGAACUGUCCCGCCUCUCCUCGGUCCACAUUAGUGACACCCAGCUGGACAACUGUUCUGACGUCAGCGUCCGUUGCCUUGAUGACGUAGACCAGGAAGUGGACAAUCCUGAUGCUACGGACCAGAACGGCAAGAUUCCGAACCGGGACAGUGGAAUAGACAGUCCAUCUUGCACAGUAGAGGGAGAGGUGUUCCCGAAUGAGGAUGCUAUAGAUGAGGAGCAUUACGAUAGCGUGACAGAGACAGAGAGCGUGUCGUGUUGUGUGGCUGGGAGCAAACGUGACUCUACGCAAGACGAGGACAGCGAUUUGGACGAAGGCAGCAGUGGGGAGAUUCAGUCUUUGACAGAGACAAGUGGAUAUCUUUCGGAAACACAAAAAUGUUCCGAGGCUCAAAAGCUGCUGAACAUCGCCAAAGAGCUGCUCCACACUGAAGAGGCCUACGUCAAGAGACUUAACCUCCUGGACCAGGUAUUUUGCACUAAGCUCACGGAAGCUGGAAUCCCUCAGGACGUCAUUACAGGCAUCUUCUCCAACAUCUCCUCCAUCUAUUGCUUUCAUGACCAGUUCCUCCUCCCAGAGCUCAAGACACGCAUCACCGGAGAAUGGGACUCAAAUCCACGCAUUGGAGACAUUCUCCAGAAGCUGGCUCCUUUUAUGAAGAUGUACGGUGAAUAUGUGAAGAACUUUGACCGGGCCAUGGACCUGGUCAACACCUGGACACAGCGGUCGUCUCAGUUCAAGAGCGUUGUACAAAAUAUACAGAAACAGGAGGUGUGUGGAAACCUGACGUUGCAGCAUCACAUGCUGGAGCCGGUGCAGAGAAUUCCUCGAUACGAGAUGCUGCUCAAAGACUAUCUGAAGAAACUGCCUGAAGACGCCCUGGACCGCAAAGAUGCUGAGAAGGCACUGGAGCUCAUUUCCACUGCAGCCAAUCACUCCAAUGCAGCAAUCAAGAAAAUGGAGAAGAUGCACAAACUGCUGGAAGUAUAUGAGCGUCUUGGAGGUGAGGAGGACAUUGUAAAUCCGGCCAAUGAGUUCAUCAAAGAGGGACAUAUCAAGAAGAUGUCAGCUAAAAAUGGAACAGCACAAGAUCGAUACCUCUACUUGUUCAACAACAUGGUGCUAUACUGUGUGCCUAAACUACGGCUGAUGGGGCAGAAGUUCAGUGUUAGGGAGAGGAUUGACAUUGCAGGAAUGGAGGUGCAGGAAAAUGUGAAGCAGAAUCUUCCACACACUUUCGCCAUUAUCGGCAAAAAGCGUUCACUGGAGCUGCAGGCCAGGACGGCUGAAGAGAAGGAAGACUGGAUUCAGGUGAUCCGGGCCACCAUUGAACAGCACAAACAAAACAGUGAGACAUUCAACAAAGCCUUCAACAGCUCCUUCUCCAGAGAGGAUGACCACAUGCUUGACUCACCGGGCCCAUGGAACACUUCAGUGGACUUAGAAGGAGGCAUGCACGAAAGAAAAAGUUCAAAGAAAAAGGAAAAGGAGAAGCAGACGUGUAAAGGUUGCAGUGAAAGCUUCAACUUCACCAAACGCAAACACCACUGCAAGUCAUGUGGAGCGGCCAUCUGUGCCAAGUGCUCCAAAAGUCUGGACAACAAGACGAGCCGCGUGUGUCCCGAGUGUUACGAAGCCAGCCUCAGUCUGGAGAGUCUGGGCGCCACCUUGGAACAGAAACGCAAAGUGCCUGAGAGGCAGAUAUCCCUGACAGCGGAGAACUGCAUACUGUGUGGCCAAAUGCAGCUGCAGGACAAAGGAAAAAACUGGUCAAAAGUGUGGGUCGCUGUCACCAAAUCUGAGCCUCUUGUGCUUUUCCUACAGAGCAAUGGACAGGAGUCUAAAGGCGCUCGGGCGGUUCCUCUUCCUGGGUUUGAGGUCAGCCUGGUGUCUGUGUCGUCGGGUGAAAAAUCUGAAGUGAAACAUGGCCUUCGCCUGAGUAACUCACAACAGACUAUGGUCCUCAGUGUCCCGGAGGCAGACCAACAGGGCAGGUGGGCAGAGCUUCUGUCCCGAGCAGCACGAGGAGAGAUACUCUAUCCUCAAGAUACACCUCCCAUAGACCUGACUGAACACAGGAAGAGCCAGUAGCGGCCAUUUUGGACUGCCCUCUCCCUUCCCCCUUCUUCUGUGUCUAAAGCACAGAUUACUUGAAAUCACUUUACCUUGGCACUUUUUUGUUGUAUUUCUCCUGAUCGGACCACUCCAUCCUUCCUAAACCACUGCAGUCUUAUGUUAACAACCACACGCUAAAUUUAUCUUCGUCAGGAACCUAUAGCCACCAUCACCACUGUGUGUGGUUAGGAUAUUUUAUUUGUCAGUGUUUUGUCAGAGGAGAACUUUGAAUUUGUAAGUUUUAUUUGUAAUAUAGCUGAUGAAAUUUCUUAUGUGUUUUUCUAAGAUGAAGUUCAACAUUAUGCUAUAAUUGUGUUGUGAAGCAUUAACUUGUCCGUGUGAAUGUUCUGAAUGUGUGAGAGUGGGAUGGGGUUCCUUCCCAUUGUUAUUACUAUUAUAUUAUUAUUGUUGUAAGUAUUGAAUGCUAGUGUAAAAACCCUGUGACACCUCUCUGUCCUCUUCACAUCUGCUGGGAAUGCACAAUCUAAUGCCUAAUGUGUAGUUAACAUCCCUGAACACUGUUCAUUGGUUUCAAGCUAUGGUAGCCGUCCUCAUAGCAAUGAUCACAUUUAAAAUAUACCUUUUUAAUAAGAAAAAAAAAUCCUUAAAAUCGGGAAGGAAUUAAUUGCCUGAAAUCCAUGAACACUCUUUCUAUGUAGGAUUGAGGUUAAGGGAAACUUAAGUUACGUCAUUCUUUUUCUGCAAUAUAUGUUGAAUAAAUAGUGAAUAUAUGGUGAAUAAUAGCCCAUCCAAUCCAAAGUCUAGUGAAUGGCUCAGUGAAUAAAGUGACUGAUUCUAACUAAAACUACAAAAAUGAUCCAGGGAUGUCAGGUACACAGGAAGCUCAGAUUGUGCUGCUGGUAACGCGUGUCAGUUCAGAAGGUUUUGUACAGUAAUUGUAUAGUAUAGUGCGUGAAGAAAUAGUAAAGCCGUUUUAACUUAAGAUAAGCAGAUAUGAUGUACUUUUGUGGCUGGCCACCUGACACCCCUACUGUCAGAUCUACUUCUGUUAAUAAUCCGUAAUAAACCUUUUCAAUAGUUUUAAUGCACAGCCAAAUAAUUUGUGUUCACACUCUAGAUUUUGGUCAGAUGGAGAAGCAGACACCUAUACAGCUCUAUAGAAGAUUUGUUAUUUUUGAAAGAAAUAUUGAAACCCUUGAUCCGCAUUGAUGUUGAAUCUUAUCUUAUUUGUUAGGGAUUGACUCCGCAAACUGUUUUUUCAGCUGAAAACAUUCUCUUUGGUCUUAAAUAAUGCACAGAUUUUUGAAGCUAUUUUGAAACUGUAAUUUCACUUAAAUGUUAAAAGAGAAGGGGUUUAACCUCGUUUAUGCGGAUAGGCCCAGUAAUUACAGAACAAUGUCAACAAAUCUAGAGUGUGACAGUAACAGCAAAUUCCACCAUAGAAUUCCGACCUGUCCUCCAGCUCAGUUUUAAACUGUAGGGAUUAGACUGCAUUCAUCUGACAGGCACAAACCCAAACAAAAAUGGGCACAAGGUUCACAGUGUUUUCUCUGUCAAUAUAAAUAAACACAAGGGAUUUUUUUUUUCCACAAUAGCUUCAGAAUGUCGUGCCAUUAUUCAACACCAGGCGUGCUUGUUGUCAGCUGAAAGGAAUUUAAACCAUGAGAUUAAUAUGGCAAAUUUGUAUAGCAAAUCUCUAAAACUGUUCCACAGUGAAUCACUUAUAGAGUUAUAUAGGCUCUUGCCCUCCAUCUGAAACCAUGACAUGCCAAAGUCUGGGACGUGAAUGCCACCUACUGGACAAAAUGGCUGCAGGUUCAGUAUCUCAGUAUUAUACACAUGCUGCAACAAUCCAAUAGAUUUUACUCUGAGUUUGCAUGCUCCUGGUGGUUGUUAUGGAAACCAAGUACUGUACUUUUAAAGUCCGCUCUGCCUUCCCCCUGUGCCCUGCUCCUAUCUGCACCAGCCUUUAAGCAGAGUUGCAAAAAAUUCUUCUACAUUGGAUUUCUGCAUGUGAAUUCACUCAUAUUUAUAUACUGUGCUUUUGCAAACUCCCACUUUUUAUGCUUCAGAAUUCAUUCUUGUCAUACUGUAAGUGAGCAAGAGUCAACUUUUGAGUGUUUUAAAUGGACUGUGUGGUGUGGAGGAGCAGUCAAGCAUAUCAUCAAUAAACAGAUCUUGUACGUGGUUCAUCCAGA